AAUCUUGACGAGGGAGGGAAACUUCCGUUACAUACACUUCAGCACGUCCAUUGUAGAACGCGAUUGUUGUGAAUUCAUCGGCAGGUUUGUUUUAAACCGCGAAAAAAGUUGUUGCGCCCGUCGAGUUUCAUCUUAAGCCGCGCCGCAGUCGUUCGAGACUGCUGUCAUAUGCGAAACGUGGACUCUCUUCGGAAUAUCCAGUCCACCUUGCGCUUGUGCUAACUAGCCGUAGCUAGCACACGUUAGCUGGCCGCGGUUGGGUUGGUCGAAUGGCGACAGACGGGAGCAUGUUUUCGACUCGCUUUGGAGGAUUUUGCCUUUAAAUACGCCACACUUGAGGGGGGGCAGUGCAAGCCCAACCCGCUCGUUAUCUCGACGGACUUGGGCUCUCGGAAGGGAUUUUGUGGUGUGAGUUACAUUGUUUUGUUGGCGAAUUCCGCAAGGAGUGGCCCCCUCCAGGAUGAAUGGCUUCAGUACCGAGGAGGACAGCCACGACGGGCCGCCCGCGCCGCCCCUCUACGGCCAGAGCUGCUGCCUGAUCGAGGACGGCGAGCGCUGCGGCCGCUCGGCCGGCAAUGCCUCCUUCAGCAAGCGGAUCCAGAAGAGCAUUUCGCAGAAGAAACUCAAGCUGGACAUCGACAAGAGCGUGCGCCACUUGUACAUCUGUGACUUCCACAAGAAUUUCAUCCAGAGCGUGCGCAACAAGAGGAAGAGGAAGACGAGCGACGAUGGCGGCGAGUCCCCGGAUCAUGACGUGGAGGUGCCAGAGGUGGACCUGUUCCAGCUGCAGGUGAACACGUUGCGACGCUACAAGCGACACUACAAGCUGCAGACCAGGCCAGGCCUCAACAAGGCCCAGCUGGCAGAGACGGUGAGCCGUCACUUCAGGAACAUUCCGGUGAACGAGAAGGAAACGCUGACCUACUUUAUUUACAUGGUGAAAAGCAGCAAGAGCCGCUUGGACCAGAAGGGUGACGGCAGCAGCAAACCACUCGACUGAAACAAAACAACAAAAACACACACGCAGACAGGGGGAAAAAAAAAACACAAGCGAUGAACACGACCAGACAUGGCGAAACAACCAAAAACUGGAUCCUCAAUUCAAGUGCAUCCCAGGAGGACUUUUUUUUUUUUUUGAGUCGCAGCCAUCCAUGGGCCAUCGUUCCGUUCGCCCGAAUGGUUGUGACUCUAGGACCAGGAUGCAAUUUUGACCGGACAUGUGUCAACUGUCCACCAUGACAGAAAAAGGCUCACUCUCCCGCCGACAGAAUGUCCCCUUUAACCUCGUCAGGAAAGACAACGUCAUGUACUUAAAAGACAGAGAAAAAAAAA